AUGUCAAAGUCCUGCGACCGUAAGCGCAUGCCCGCGAGCGAGAAGACGCGAAGGGCGGGGCCUGGCUGUCUCCUGGUGGCCUCAGCCCCAGCAGCUCCCCAGCCCCUGGACUGCAGUGACAAAGAACAGCAGGUCACCGUCAGCCACACCUACAAGAUUGAUGUGCCUAAGUCAGCCCUAGUGCAGGUGGAAGCGGACACACAGCCGCUUGCUGAUGCUGGGGACAGCUCCAUCCUGGCCCCUGGGGAGGCCGGUGAGGAGCAGAAUAUCAUCUUCCGGCACAAUAUCCGCCUACAGACACCACAUAAGGACUGCGAGCUGGCAGGCCUGGUGCAGGCCCUGCUGGCCCGGGUGAAAAAGCUGGAGGGAGACUUGGUCCAGGUGAAGGAGCAAUGCAGUGGACACUGCUGUGCAGGGGCGGCUCUUGUGGCUCUUAUGUGCUCCUUCACCCUCUUGCCCCCAGCAGAGCCGAGCCCUGGAUGCAGCGGCCACGGAACCUUCUCCCGGGACACAUGCAGCUGCCGCUGUGAGGAGGGCUGGGAGGGCACCGACUGCGAGCGGCCCAGAUGCCCCGAGAAUUGCCACGGCCACGGGCGCUGCGAGGAAGGCCGCUGCAUCUGCGACCUGCCCUACGUGGGGCCCGACUGCGCAGCCCCCGCCUGCCCUGAGAACUGCAGCGGCCAUGGCGUGUGUGUGCGUGGGGUGUGUCAAUGCCACCCCGACUUCAUGUCCGAGGACUGCAGUGAGCUGCGCUGCCCCAACGACUGCAGCGGCCACGGUUUCUGCGACACGGGCGAGUGUUACUGUGAGGAGGGCUUCACGGGCCCCGACUGCGCACAGGUGGUUGCCCCCCAGGGUCUGCAGUUACUCAAGAGCUCGGAGGACUCCCUGCUGGUGAGUUGGGAGCCACAGAGCCAGGUGGACCAUUACAUCCUCCGCUACCACCCUCUGGGGCAAGAGCUGUCGAGGAAGCAGGUCCGGGUACCCAAGGAGCAACACACGUACGAGAUCCUGGGGCUGCUCCCAGCCACCAAGUACAUGGUGACUUUGCACAAUGUGAGGAAGGACGUGGCCAGCAGUGCUCAGCACCUGAUCGCCAGCACAGAUCUUGCCGUGCCGGGCACUGCCUGGGUGACUGAUGAGACGGAGCACUCCCUGGACGUGGAAUGGGAGAACCCGCCCACCCAGGUGGACUACUACAAGUUGCGUUAUGGGCCCCUGACGGGCCAGGAGGUGGCUGAGGUCACAGUGCCCAAGAGCACUGAUCCCAAAAGUCGCUAUGACAUCACUGGAUUGCAGCCUGGGACGGACUAUCAGAUCACAGUGGUCCCAAUGCGAGGGGACCUGGAGGGCAAACCCAUCCUCCUCAGUGGCCGAACAGAAAUCGACAGCCCAACACCUGUGGUCACAGGGCAGGUGACAGAGGACACGGCCGUGGUUUCGUGGGCCCCGGUGCGGGCAGUCAUUGACAAAUAUGUGGUCCAGUACACAUCUGCAGCAGGUGACACCAGGGAUAUAACGGUGGGCAGUGACCAGAGCAGCGCGGUACUGACAGGCCUGAAGCCAGGAGAGGCCUACACAGUGCUCGUGUGGGCUGAGCGGGGAGACCAGGGGAGCAAGAAAGCCAACACUGAGGCACUGACAGACAUCGACAGCCCCCAAAACCUGGUGACCGACCAGGUGACAGAGACAACAGCCAUGGUGUCCUGGGACCCCGUGCAGGCGCCCAUCGACAGGUACAUGGUUCGAGUCACCUCAGCAGAUGGAGACAGCAGGGAUGUGGCCGUGGGGAAAGAUCAGACCAGCACAGUGCUGACGGGGCUGCGGCCAGGUGUGGACUACACGGUGCUGGUGUGGGCCGAGAAGGGGGCCCGGGGGAGCCAGAAGGCUGACACCAAGGCCCCAACAGACAUUGAUAGCCCCAAAAACCUGGUGACCGACCUGGUGACAGAGACAACGGCCACCGUGUCCUGGGACCCCGUGCAGGCGCCCAUCGACAGGUACAUGGUACGAGUCACCUCGGCGGAUGGAGACAGCAGGGACGUGGCUGUGGUGAAGGAUCAGACCAGCACAGUGCUGACUGGGCUUCGGCCAGGUGUGGACUACACAGUGCUGGUGUGGGCCGAGAAGGGGGCCCGGGGGAGCCGGAAGGCUGACACCAAGGCCCCAACAGACAUCGACAGCCCCCAAAACCUGGUGACUGACCGGGUGACAGAGACAAUGGCCACCGUGUCCUGGGACCCCGUGCGGGCGCCCAUCGACAGGUACAUGGUUCGAGUCACUUCGGCGGAUGGAGACAGCAGGGACGUGGCUGUGGGGAAGGAUCAAACCAGCGCAGUGUUGACGGGGCUGCGGCCAGGUGUGGUCUACACGGUGUUGGUGUGGGCCGAGAAGGGAGCCCGGGGAAGCCGGAAGGCCAAUACCCAGGCCCUGACAGAUAUCGACCCUCCUAAAAACCUACGCCCAUCUGCAGUGACACAGUCGGGUGGUGUGUUGACCUGGGCUCCACCUGACGCACCCAUUGAUGGCUACAUUCUUACCUACCAGUUCCCGGAUGGCACUGCCAAGGAGGUGAUCCUUGGACCAGGGGACCAGAAAUUUGAGCUUCAAGGCCUGGAGCAGGGGGUGACCUACCCGGUCUCUCUGUUGGCCUUUCAAGGAAAUCGCCGUAGCACGAGUACAUCCACGACUCUAUUGACAGUGGGUGCCCGUUUCCCAUACCCCACGGAUUGCAGUCAAGUCCAGCAGAACAACAACAUGGCGAGCGGCCUCUACACCAUCUACCUACAUGGCACAGCCAGUCAGCCCCUGCAGGUCUACUGUGACAUGGACACGGAUGGCGGUGGCUGGAUCGUAUUCCAGAGGCGAAAUACAGGGCAGCUGGAUUUCUUCAAGCGCUGGCGGACCUAUGUGGAGGGCUUUGGGGACCCCAUGAAGGAGUUCUGGCUGGGACUGGACAAGCUGCACAAUCUCACCAGUGGCACCCCAACCCAGUACGAAGUGCGCGUAGACCUGCAGACAGCCAACGAAUCUGCCUAUGCCGUCUACGACUCCUUCCAGGUGGCAUCAAGCAAGGAGCGCUACAAGCUCUCAGUGGGGAAGUAUCGGGGCACGGCAGGGGAUGCGCUCACUUACCACAAUGGGUGGAAGUUCACCACCUUUGACCGAGACAAUGACAUUGCCCUCAGCAACUGCGCCCUGACACAUCAUGGUGGUUGGUGGUACAAGAACUGCCACUUGGCCAACCCCAAUGGCAGAUAUGGGGAGACUAAGCACAGCGAGGGAGUGAACUGGGAGCCAUGGAAGGGGCAUGAAUUCUCCAUUCCCCACGUGGAACUGAAAAUUCGCCCUCAUGACCACAGCGGGGGACAGUAGGAGGAAAGAUCAGAACAUUCUGAAGACCCCCCUAAACAGACUUCAUGGGAGACAAGGCCAGCCUGGG